GGCAUUCAUUCACCGAAAACCAUAUCGCAUAAGACAGCGGCCCGCCCGGUGAUCUACAGUCCACAAAUGCUUGUACAACCCCACAAUUGACCCUGCGUUAGAUUCGCACAUUUAUAUUAAAGGUUUCUCAACGAAUAGAUAUAAAAUGGCUGCGAAGUCGCCCAAAGUUCAUAGAAGUCAUUCUUACUAUUCUCUCAUAUUUUGGCAUCUUUUUGAUUUCGACAAUGAUGCUCACAUCCCUCCGUAGCUGCGGCAGCGCAGUGGCUCUUAUGUUCUGUCUUCAUGUACAUUUAGUACUUGGAGCUACUAUGAAGGUUACUAGCUUCGAUGGCCCUGUCACCAAGGAGGAGCUUGAUUCUUUCAGCACCUAUAUUGCUACGUUGCAGCCCGCGAAGGACAACGUCGGCAAUAACUGGGCACAAGGCCACAGCGGAGAAGAGACAAAGGCCAUGGGUGUUGUCUAUCAGAUAUCUGGCCAACAGCCCGUUCUCGAUAAGAUGCUUAGUUAUUGCGAUGCAGUGUUAUCCGAGAGAAACGACAUAGCUGCGAAACCUGUUGGGCAGCACAAGAUUUGGACGGGGGAUAUUGCGCCAGUUUGGCCCAACGAUCCAUCCACGAAAGUUAUCAUCACGGGUGGCGAGCAAGGCGAUCCGGUGGGCCAUUUAGCAAGCUGUGCGAAUCUCAUACUUGGGACUAAAGCACUUUACAACCAGGCUGUUACAAUUGGCGACAAGAAUCACUAUGGCAAGACAUACCUUGAGCGAGCCAAAACAUAUCUUACUCAGGCCGAUAAAGUAAUGUCUGGACAUAUCCUCUCUCGACUACUCGACCUCUCCAAUGGCAAUAAAAUGUAUUUCGCCAAAGAUUCUCCCUACAAGGGAGGUCAAGCCGUCCCUUGGAACCAACAGAUGAUGUUCAACUAUGCCUUCCAGAAUCUCGUUGCAGCCCACACCAUUUUGGGCGAUAACCCCGCGUUGGUAUCUAAAUACAAGAAUAUUAUGACUGCAAAUCUGAAAUGGUUUUUUACUGGUGGUGGAUCAACAAUCAAGAAAAGCAAGAAGGGGAACCCGAUUUACGUCUGGAACUAUGCAAUGGACCAGAAUAACGUGGAGGAUUCUAAUCACGCGUCUCUGGAUAUCAAUGGCUUCUAUCGAGCCUAUGUUGACGGUAACUGGGCGAUUACGGCAGAGCAAAUGAAACCAUUUGCUAAUGUGUUGAUCGAUGUAAUGACACUCGGGAACAGCCAGUAUGCAGGUACAACGGAUGGUAAAUGCGCAAGUGGAAACGGCAUAUGCACCAAUUACAUUCGCAGCGGAUUCUUGCUGGUCAGCGAGUUUCGCCCGGAUCAGUACAAGGCAAUUAUGGGAGCGGAUUUCAAGGAAGGAGGCACAGUAGGCAAGGUCGAUUUAUUUUCCCGGUUUUUGUUGGUGAAACAUAGGAGAGCUACCGCAAAACUUUAAACACUAUCAUUCGAG